AUGCCGCGUGGCAAGGAAGGCAAAGCAAAUCGGGCUUUUAUUAAGCCCGGCGAGGGCAAGAAAUUCAGGCUCGUCAAUCGCUCCUACAGAGAUUUGGCUGGUUUCGCACCCGGUGCCAGUCAGCAUGUCUUGGCGCCGAUCGGUGAAGCCGCCGAGGACAUGACCGUGGACGAAAUGAAAGCGCUUGAGCGUUCUCAUGGGGUCGAUUUCGACGACAAUUACAACUACAUGCAGCAUUUGCGAGAACGCUCUCGCGAAGCUGUCGUUUGGGAAUCGGCAGACACUCAGUCUCAGUUCUCCCUGGCUUCUGGCAUGUCAGGCAUGAGCAGAGCAUCCCGAAGAAGUCGAUUCUCGACAAUGUCGAAGCUUUCACGCGUUUCCAAGCCUUCGGAAGUCGGUGUUCUAUUUGAAUCCAACAUGGAAUUGCCCGACAAUCAUUUUCAAGAACUUGCUGCAGAACAGUAUGAAUUUAAUUUGGAUGUUGACCCCGAAGUUGCUGCACAGUUGGAGGAGCAUGAUCCAGAGGAGAUUCUUCUUAAUCCGGAAGAUGAGGACUGCGAUAUGUUCGACGAAAUGAUUGCCCAAGCGCGUGAACAGGGAAGCGACGAUGAAUUCGACGAGAUGCAUGGCACGGGCGAAACUAUCGGAGCAUCUGAUCCGGCGAUCGUGUGGCAGCGAUUUCUCGAGUCCACCGGAGCAUAUGCGGGCGACGAUAACAGAACGAUGCCAGAGGAUCAAGAAUACGGUGAUUUCUCCGACAAUGAAGCUCAGUUCUCUGACGACGAUGACGACAAACAGACUCGUUUCACUGCGUAUUCAAUGACCUCCUCUAUAAUGCGCAGAAAUAAGAAUCUUCAAAACUUGGACGAACACUUUGAGGGCUACUUCGCUGAGUUUGACGAUGAAGAGCUCGGAGAUAUGCCUCAAAAAGAUCUCGACCAGAACGAAAUCGACCACGAUUCAAAGCUGCUUGAAAAUGCGAUUCAAGCCGAUUACAAGGAAUUCAAAGGCGAAGUUCGCUAUGGCGAAGGGGUUCAUAAUAUGAUCGACCUGGCGAAACAGCUCAACAUGGCAGAAGAUGUGCGUCGAUACAUGGCGAACCGCGGAGAAAGCGAUUCUGAAGAAGAAAUGCCAGAACUGGUAGAAGUCGAGGCGAAGCCAAAGUGGGACUGUGAAUCGAUCAUAUCUACGUAUUCCAACCUGUACAACCGCCCGAAAGUCGUCAACGACGAUGGAUUCUCAGUAAAAAGCAAACUGAAGCCAAAACGAGGCAGCAGAAAGGUGAUGUUCGGAUCCGCCUUGAAGGAACUAGAAGCCGACUAUCAGAAGGAAAGGGUGGCCGAGAGAGCCCCAGCGCCAAAAGCGAGAAGUAAAAAUGAAUCAAAAGAAGAGAAGAAACUUAGGAAGCAAGCCGUCAAGGAGGCAAAACGUGAAAGAAGGAUAGAGAAGAAGGAAACCAAGAUGGCAUUUGCACACGAAUUCAACCAAGCUGCAAAGAGGGACAAAGGAAACAGCGUGAAAUUGCAUUAA